AUGCGCCGCACCAUCUUCCUGCUUGCUGUGGCCACUCUCGUCGUCGGUAUUUGGGAUGAUGCCUCCGCAACCGAAGCUUUAGAAACAAGCUCAAGAAACGCACACGGCGAUGGCAAGAAUGGCAAAUCCCUGCGGGGGAGCGGCCAACCCGUCGCAACCCACAAGGUGAGCGGCGACGAGAGGCUCUUCCUCAAUUCCGACGGUACUGUAAACGCCGUCAAGUUUCCAUUUUUCCGCACCGUCCAAGGCUUAAAAUUCGCCAGCAUCGUGAAGUCGAACGAGAACGUAAUGGAAACUAUGCGAAAAGCCACCGAGUAUUUCACAUAA